AUGCCCACCCCCCUCUUCCCACAGACGUCUUACUCCAAAUUCAAACUUUUCUGGAUCCAGACGACAUCAUCUCUCUUCGCAAGGUAUUGCAUCCUAUUCUCAGAAUGUUUGGUACUAACAGCUUCUUCAUCAUUUUUUUUCAUUGAGACCUCUAAAUUGUUGUGCACCGUCACAAAAUUGCGAAUUGUGUGGAUCAACGCAUUGCGUCGAGUGUGUUUGAUGCACGGCAUAAAUUUAUCCACGUUCUAUCCACUUGAAAAUCUCUCGCAAAUCGAACUUGAACACGCCGCCUUGUCGCCUUUUAAAUUUAUAAAAUACGCAAAAGCAUCCGAAGGAGAUAUCAAACCCGUUGUGACUCGCAUCCUUAAGCCUCGAUUACCGCCCGUCUUUUCGACGGAUGAUGAGGACGUACCCUUUAUCUGUGUCACUCUUUUACUCAUUCCGGGCGGUCGGUUCUUGUUUGCUGAUACGAUGCAACACGGCGUGCCCCUUUGGGACCUCGGAAUUCAUGCAGGAAUCCCAAUGAAACUGUCCCCUCUAGCAGUGCUUCCUACAGCACCAGGAUCCUUUGUCAGCGUCACCAGCCCAACUCCGGAUGGUCAUGGAGUCUACGUUUGUAUCGAACAAAUGAGCUUGAACAUGGACAACCGCGUGUCGAUCUACGAAAUAUACCCAUCCUCUCCGGACGUAGCUUAUCGUCUCACUCAUUCCUUGAAGGUCGAAGGGACACUUGAUAAUGCAUACAUCCACAAAAACACACUGGCCUGCAGUUCUCGUAACAAUCUCAUCACGGUCUGGGAUUUUAUCCAAAACAAGGCGAUCAGUUGGGAGUACAAUCAUGUAAUACAUCAACCGAAUGGUGCGAUACUCUUUGCUGACACCCUCCUUCUCGUUGAACUCGGGAAAUUGACCGUCUGGGACGUGCCUAGCUCACUGUAUUUGCCGGUAUCAGACGAUAUGAAGGCUGCGGUCAUCCAGCUCCUUCCCAGAUUGGAAAUUCGUACACCAUCGCCAGCUGAAUCCCUUCGAGUUUCUCCCCCUAGUCAGUGGAUUUCUGCAGGACAGUCGAGACUCCCUCUCUUUGGCUUGUGCAGCCCAACACCCGAUGCUUUAAAUGCUUCUAUGCGAUACUACACCUUCAAAUAUGUUCCUAGCAACUUCGAUUACCAGACGUUUGAUCCACAACAAGUGGGCAUUGUCUCUUUUCCCAUUGCGACAAUGUCCCUGAACUUUCUACGACAUAUACGGUUUUGUGGCAAGUCGCUUGCCUUGACGUGGCAGGCCGAUGAUAACGUAAAUAUCAGCCUUAUGAACAUGCCACAGGGUGAUCCCGAUGGCAUGGCCACCCCCACCACUCGACGUCUCUUCAACAGGGAGGAGGUCGUACUACAGGAUUUCGACUUUUGUCCAGCAGCAGGUCGAUUAGUUGUCACGACGGCUGCUGGAUAUAUUCGAAUUAUGGAUUUUCUUACCCCCCCUAGUACCCUACCCGAAAGCGUCUAA